AUGUGUUACAAUUGUUAUCAGACGGGACAUGUUAAGGCGGAAUGUCCAAAACUCCAGCAAGUAUCAAGGAAAGAAGGAAAGAAAGAGGAGCCAUCUAAGGCUCGUGGAAGGAUGUUUCAGAUAACAUCGGAAGAAGCAAAAACUCACCCGGAAGUUGUUUCAGGUAUGUUUUUAGCAAAUUCCAUGCCUGUUAAUGUUUUAUUUGAUUCCGGGGCUAGUAGGUCAUUCAUUUCAAAUGAGUUAUUAUGUCAUCCAUCGUUUAAGCUUGAAAAGAUGUCUAUGCCCUUAGAAGUGGAAGUAGCCGAUAGUAAGAGUUAUUUACUGCAUGAUGUAUGUAGAAACUGUAAAAUCUCAAUGGAAGAUGAGGAGUUUAGUAUAGAUCUUAUUCCGAUGUGUAUGGGGGAGUUUAAAGUAGUAGUAGGAAUGGAUUGGCUAGCCCAAAAUCAUGUUGAAAUACAAUGCGAAAAGAAAGUCAUUCAUGUUGUAACUUCAGAAGGAAAAUGGGUAAGUAUUCAAGGGGAUAGGGUCGUCGAGUCAAAACUUUGUUCUAUAGUCGAAACCGUCAAACAUGUAAGAAACGGGGGUAGGGCGUAUCUACUUACGAAGUGUUCCAAAGCUUGA